CGGGGAUCGGGACUCCGCGACCAGCUGCCCGAGCUCCCUCCUCGGGCGUAACCCAUUCAGCUGCGGCAGCAUCGCGGGCACCCCGGGGCCCGCCCUCCACCCGGGCGACGAGGCGGGGGGCAGGGAAGACCAUGGCCCGCCUCUUCAGCCCCCGGCCGCCCCCCAGCGAAGACCUCUUCUACGAAACCUACUACAGCCUGAGCCAGCAGUACCCGCUGCUGCUACUGCUGCUGGUGAUCGUGCUCUGCGCGCUCCUGGCGCUGCUGGCUGUCGCCUACGCCAGCGGCCGGGAGCUAGCUUCAGACCCAGGCUUCCUGACCACUGUGCUGUGCGCGCUGGGUGGCUUCUCGCUGCUCCUGGGCCUGGCUUCCCGGGAGCAACGACUGCAGCGCUGGACACGUCCCCUGUCGGGCCUCGUAUGGGCAGCGCUACUCGGGCUAGGCCACGGCUUCCUGUUCACUGGGGGCCUGGUGAGCGCCUGGGACCAGGUGUCCUUUUUCCUCUUUGUCAUCUUCACCGUGUACGCCAUGUUGCCCUUGGGCAUGCGGGAUGCCGCUGCUGCGGGCCUUGUCUCAUCGCUCUCCCACUUGCUGGUCCUUGGGCUGUACCUUGGGCCUCAGCCGGACUCAAAGCCGGCGCUGCUGCCACAGCUGGCAGCGAACGCGGUGUUGUUCCUGUGCGGGAACGUGGCGGGAGCGUAUCACAAGGCGCUGAUGGAACGCGCGCUGCGCGCCACGUUCCGCGAGGCACUUAGCUCCCUGCACUCGCGCCGGCGGCUGGACACCGAGAAGAAGCACCAGGAACACCUUCUCUUGUCCAUCCUUCCUGCCUACUUGGCCCGAGAGAUGAAGGCAGAGAUCAUGGCACGACUGCAGGCUGGACAGGGGUCACGGCCAGAAAGCACCAACAACUUCCACAGCCUCUAUGUCAAGAGGCACCAGGGAGUCAGUGUGCUGUAUGCUGACAUCGUGGGCUUCACCCGGCUGGCCAGUGAGUGCUCUCCUAAGGAGUUGGUGCUCAUGCUCAACGAGCUCUUUGGCAAGUUCGACCAGAUCGCCAAGGAGCAUGAAUGCAUGCGGAUCAAGAUCCUGGGAGACUGUUACUACUGUGUCUCUGGGCUACCGCUCUCCCUGCCAGACCACGCCAUCAACUGCGUGCGCAUGGGGCUGGACAUGUGCCGGGCCAUCAGGAAGCUCCGGGCAGCCACUGGCGUGGACAUCAACAUGCGUGUGGGCGUGCAUUCGGGCAGUGUGCUCUGCGGAGUCAUUGGGCUGCAGAAGUGGCAAUAUGAUGUCUGGUCCCAUGAUGUCACACUGGCCAACCACAUGGAGGCGGGUGGCGUGCCAGGACGAGUGCAUAUUACAGGGGCUACCCUGGCCCUGCUGGCAGGGGCUUAUGCUGUGGAGGAUGCAGCCAUGGAACACCGGGACCCGUACCUUCGGGAGCUAGGGGAGCCUACCUACCUAGUCAUCGAUCCCCGGGCUGAGGAGGAGGAUGAGAAGGGCACUGCAGGAGGGUUGCUGUCCUCUCUCGAGGGCCCCAAGAUGCGUCCGUCGCUGCUGAUGACCCGCUACCUGGAGUCCUGGGGCGCCGCCAAGCCUUUUGCCCAUCUGAGCCACCUAGAGAGCCCUGUGUCCACCUCUACCCCUCUCCCGGAGAAGGCCCUGGUUUCCUUCAGCCCCCAGUGGAGCCUGGACCGGAGCCGUACCCCCCGGGGGCUAGAUGAUGACCUGGACACUGGGGAUGCCAAGUUCUUCCAGGUCAUCGAACAGCUCAACUCUCAGAAACAGUGGAGGCAGUCAAAGGACUUCAACCUACUGACACUGUACUUCAGAAAGAAGGAACUGGAGAAAGAGUACCGACUCUCUGCCCUCCCCGCCUUCAAAUACUAUGCAGCCUGCACCUUCCUGGUUUUCCUUUCCAAUUUCAUCAUCCAGAUGCUGGUGACAAACAGGCCCCCAGCUCUGGCCAUCACCUAUAGCAUCACCUUCCUCCUCUUCCUCCUCCUCCUCUUCGUCUGCUUCUCAGAGCACCUGACGAGGUGUGUCUUGAAAGGCCCCAAGAUGCUGCACUGGCUGCCGGCACUGUCUGGCUUGGUGGCCACACGGCCCGGACUGCGAGUUGCCCUGGGCACAGCUACCAUCCUCCUGGUUUUUGUGAUGGCCAUUCCCAGCCUGUUCUUCUUACCGGCAGCAUCAAACUGCCCUUUUGGGGUUCUCAAUGUGUCCUCCAUGGCUUUCAACAUCUCCUGGGAGCUCCCUGGGUCCCUGCCUCUCAUCAGCGUCCCCUACUCUAUGCACUGCUGCGUGCUGGGGUUCCUGUCCUGCUCCCUCUUUUUGCACAUGAGCUUCGAGCUGAAGUUGCUGCUGCUCCUGCUAUGGCUGGGGGCCUCCUGCUCCCUCUUCCUGCACUCCCACGCCUGGCUGUCCGACUGCCUCAUCGCCCGCCUCUAUCCGGAUCCCUCGGACUCCAGGCCAGGGGUGCUGAAGGAGCCCAAACUGAUGGGAGCUAUCUCCUUCUUCAUCUUCUUCUUCACCCUCCUGGUCCUGGCUCGGCAGAAUGAGUAUUACUGCCGGCUGGACUUCCUGUGGAAGAAGAAGCUGCGGCAGGAGCAGGAGGAGACAGAGACCAUGGAGAACCUGACUCGGCUGCUGUUGGAGAAUGUGCUCCCUGCACAUGUGGCCCCCCAGUUCAUUGGCCAGAACCGGCGCAACGAGGACCUCUACCACCAGUCCUAUGAGUGUGUCUGCGUCCUGUUCGCCUCAGUUCCAGACUUCAAGGAGUUUUACUCUGAGUCCAACAUAAACCACGAGGGUCUAGAGUGUCUGCGGCUGCUCAAUGAGAUAAUUGCUGAUUUUGAUGAGCUGCUCUCAAAGCCCAAGUUUAGCGGGGUGGAGAAGAUCAAAACCAUCGGUAGCACCUACAUGGCAGCUACAGGCUUAAAUGCCACCUCCGGACAGGACGCACAGCAGGACGCUGAGCGCAGCUGCAGCCACCUUGGCACCAUGGUGGAGUUUGCGGUGGCUCUUGGAUCAAAGCUGGACGUCAUCAAUAAGCACUCUUUCAACAACUUCCGCUUGCGUGUGGGGUUGAACCACGGACCUGUAGUGGCUGGAGUGAUCGGGGCCCAGAAGCCGCAGUAUGACAUCUGGGGCAACACAGUGAACGUGGCCAGCCGCAUGGAGAGUACAGGAGUCCUGGGCAAGAUCCAGGUGACUGAAGAGACAGCCCGGGUGCUGCAGUCCUUAGGCUACACCUGCUACAGCCGGGGUAUCAUCAAGGUCAAAGGCAAAGGGCAGCUCUGCACCUACUUUCUGAACACAGAUUUGGCACGAACUGGACCUCCCUCGGCCACCCUAGGCUGAGACCCCCAUCAUCCUAAGAUCCUCAAUAAAAAGACCCUGGUAUGAUGGGAGCCAA